AUGCAGAACCUGUCUGUGGAGGACAUGUGGAGGAACAACAGCCUGAACGGGACUGUGAGCUCAGCAGCCAAUCAGAUCAACAGGAUCGGAGACUUUGUUGUGAUUGGUGCCAUGUUUCUCACCAUGAUCUCUCUGGGAUGUACCAUGGAGGUCACCAAGAUCAAGAAGCACAUCCUGAAGCCAAAGGGAGUGGUCAUCGCUCUGGCCGCUCAGUUCGGGAUCAUGCCUCUGUCGGCCUUCUGCCUCGCCAAGGCCUUCCAGCUGGCACAGAUCCCCAGUGUGGUGGUGCUGAUCUGUGGCUGUAGUCCUGGAGGUCUGCUCUCCAACAUCAUGAGUCUGGGGAUCAGGGGAGACAUGAACCUCAGUAUCGUGAUGACCACCUGCUCCACGGCUCUGGCUCUGGGGAUGAUGCCUCUGCUGCUUUUCCUGUACUGCCAGGGCAUCGCUGGUCUACAGGAAGCAGUUCCAUAUAAGGGCAUCGUCUUCUCUCUGCUCUCCAUCCUGAUCCCCUGCGGCAUCGGAAUCCUCCUCAACCACUACAGGCCACAGUACUCUCGCCUCAUCACCAGGGUGGGUCUGGUUGUCUCCUCGGUCUGCAUCCUGGUUGUUAUGGUCCUCACAAACCUGCAGAACGGGGAGGAGUUCUGGACAGUGGUGGCUCCUCCCCUUUUGGCGACAGCUGUCCUGAUGCCCAUCAUCGGUUACACCUGUGGAUACUUCCUCUCCUGUCUCUUCAGACUCUCACAGCCAGAAUGCCGAACCGUCUCCAUGGAGACCGGCUGUCAGAACGGUCAGCUGUGUAUGGCCCUGAUCAAAGUGGCGUUCCCUCCGGAGGUCGUGGGGCCUCUGUUCCUCUUCCCUGUUGUCUACGUCUUCUUCCAGUUCAUAGAGGCCCUGAUGCUGGUGGCAGCCUUCAGACUGCAGCAGCUCUGGAGACUGAGGCGCGACAAAAGAGAAUACCAGGACGCCAGCUUCAGAGUCGGCGAGAAAGAGUGA